AUGAGUGACGUGAGUGAGUGGAGAGGCCGGASAGGGAGCACACGUGACACCCUAAUUGCUCCUUCUGWUCGUGGUGCCAGGGUGCUGGUGACUGGUGCCAGCACGGGCAUAGGAGAGCAGGUGGCAUACCGCUACUCAAAGAUGGGUGGCCAGAUCGUCAUCACGGCCAGGAAGGAGCACGCCUUGCAGAAGGUGGCAGAGGACAGCACAAGCCUGGGGGCCCAGAAGGCUCUGUAUGUGACAGGAGAUGUGUGCCAGGCCUCAGAUCCAGAGAGAGGGGUGAGGAUGGCUGGGUGAAUUUCCUCAGCUACGUGAACAUUGCUUCUGCAGCUUUGCCAGUGUUGGAGUACAGGGUCUGUGAUCGUAGUAUCCUCUCUGUUGGGUAGGAUGACUACUCCGUGGAGCCCUAC